CCAUAGACAAAAUCAGCUGGACAAUGAAUUAGAAAAUGUCAAAACUUUGUUAUUAAAAUUUUAAAAUUAUAAUUUGUUUAGAAAAAUGGAUUCAAAUUAUGUUAAAUCCAUUAUAGAAGGCUUGAAAUCAUCAUCUUCUAGUCGUGUCCAAGAAACCCUGUUAAAAAUAAGGAAUAAAGUCAUAAGUAACGACACUGGAAUUAAACUUUUCAGGGAAUGUGGUGGCUUAGAAUGUUUAUUGCCACAUUUACGAAAGCCCAAUGAAAGAAUACUUGAUAUUACUUUAAGUAUACUCGGUAAUUGUUGUCUUGAAGAAGAAAGUAGCUUGGCGGUUGGGAAAUACAGUUUUGGACCUUUAGUGAAUAUAAUAAAAACAGUGUGCCGUGAUAGCAUAGUUGGUAGAGCAUGCCGAGUGAUUGGGAACUUGGCACAAAGAACUACCAAUGCAGAUGGUUUACACAAUCACGGUGCUGUGACUGCACUAGUUACACUCAUUGAGAACAGAGACAAGAAUACUUCAUACCCUACACUUACUAUGGCUGUACGGGCCAUCAGACAACUAUGGAUGGUUACCGAGAAAAGAGAAGAGAUGCUCAGUUUGAACUCAGUUAGGUGCAUAGCAAUAUUAUUGACCACAGAAUGUGAGACUGCUGGUAUUAUUAAAUCUACUACUCCAGCGCGUGAGACUGAUGGAUUGAGGAAGAGUCAAGAAGAACUUAUUACUGGGAUAUUGAAGUGUCUUGGAUACUUUACUACACAUUCUACAGCACAAUGUGCUGAACAGAUCCAAGGUGAUGGUAGAGGGUAUCAGUGCCUUGUAGCACUAACAAAGAAGUUUGAAUCAUUGGCUUUGAAGUGUCUCAUGAAUCUUUGCUACCUGUCAAGCUGUCGUCCUUUACUGGGCAUUGCAGGGUUUGUCGAGUGUUUGGUGGGCAUACUGCAGAAAAAUACAGAUGUUGCCUCAUGGCCGGAAGGUACAGCACAUGCUCUGGCGCAGUUGAGUGGUGAAUCCGUGAACCGAUCUCGUUUGCGUCAUUGUGGCGGCUUGCCGUUGUUAGUAGCCGCCGCACGAGUCAACCCGCACGCCAUGCACGCUCUCCUGCAAUACGUUUUUGACGAUACUUCAUUCCAGAUCUUGGUUAAUGAAGGUCUUGUAAGUUUGCUUACUGAUGAACUGACUACAUAUUUAACUACAAUGAAAGAUGAACAUGCUAACACAGAACAUAAAACAGUUGUUACUGAAACUGGGAAUAAAGUCCAAGAAAGUUUAAAAGAAGUUAAAUCCGAUAUUGAAAUGCCACCUGCUGAGCCCAGCUCAAGCAGUGCUGAAGGAAAAGCAAGUCUAUUUGCACGACGUAAAGGUCCUUUAUCGUGUCAGAAUGAAGAUGAAUUGAAGGUAGUGAUAGAAAGGGACAAUAUGAUCGUUGGAUUUGUUGAUGCGGUUGACAGUGACGCGACAGAUGAUAGCCAAAGUGAAGACGAGGCAUCGCCUAAUAGACGUAAGGGCCUUAAGAGGGCAAGGUCUAAUAGCCCGAAAGCCAUCAAAAAGAAGUCCCAACUGAUUAAAAUGGCCAGUAAAGAUUGGUCAGCCGGUGUUUAUUGGGAGCCUAAAAGUCCUGAAUGGCCUACAAACCCUCAAGCGUCAGGAUCGCGUGUCUCAAUGAGCCCAGAUAGAGGAGAUCAUGGUCCGUUGUCUCCAUAUUCGGAUGGAUGUCAAUCUGGCUUUAGUCCAGAGUACAGAGGAUUUUCGUCUAACAAACGUGCUAGGUGGGACUGGAGUCCUGAGUCGGGCGUCAGUUCUGGGGAUACAAGUUCUAUGUCUCCUUAUUGGACCGACUAUCAGUGGAGCCCGAGUAGUUCUGGAGGACCCACGUCGCCCUAUAGCAAUAAAGAAGAUAGUUCAGAUUCAGAAAUAUCGGGUCGUUACUCGCCCGUGUGCAGUGACAACGAGGGUGAAAUAGUAGACUUGGCUGGGCCUAGUAACGCAGCCGCCGAGCUCGACGCCGCGCAGGUGGCGCAUGAUCUCGACGAACUCAUCAUGGAAGACGACGAAAGCGUCGAAGAAGAAACUCCUUUGGAAGAUGCUGCAAAACUAGUGACAAAUACCAAAUCUUCUCGCAUUGCCUGCGUUCUGGUGCUAUUGUUUCGAGUGUCGCACGGAGCUUGUAGUUCUUUCGGCGCUAUACGCGAGGAGCCGGUUCCCAAUCAAACACUAGAACUGUUGACUGGACGAGAGUGCCUGAAUGCUCUCUUAGACUACGUGGAAAGAUGCAAGCGACCUCUUGGACGAGCUGCUCGCAUUCUUGCUAGAGUAUUAAGCAAUGCUCUUUGCUUGAUGAGCAUAUUGAAACAUAGGUUAGCUCUACGAUUGCAUUACAUGUCCGUCUCUUCUAAACAUCCGCCUGCCAAAUGCCAACAGUGUAAACAAAUCUUACGACUUAGUGCUAAACUGUUAAGCCAAUUGACGAUAUUGGCAGAGUCGAGUUAUGGGAUUGGUGAAAUUAGCUAUCAACUACUCAAAGGAAGCUCGACUAUGAAACAAACACUGUCCUUGACGUUGCCAUACAUUGUGAGAACUGAAAAACCCCUCAAGAAAUAUUUGAUAGACUGCAGCGCACUUAACUUGUUGUUCUCGAUAAUAGCCGAAUCGAAAGAAGACAUACAGGAUUGUGUUACAGCUUUAGCAAAAUUAGCAAAUAAUGUACACAUAAAAGAUCCCAAAGUUCUCGAAAAUAGAUUCACGGGACAAAUAUGCGUUAGUUACGAUCCUAUACUCGAUAACUUAUCCCUUGACGAAAUUGUUACCUUCGAAUUAGAUGACUUGACAACUGUGAAGGCCAACAGAGUGUUUUUGUGUCAAAACUCGGAAGUAUUCAGCGCUAUGCUGAUGGGUUGCUUCAAGGAAUCUGAAGAAAAAUGUGUCAGGUUGAAGAAUGUAACCAAACCUGCACUAGAAUACCUAUUCACCUUAUUGCACUUUGGAUUAAACAACCCUAAGAAUGAUGUCCAAAUAUUCCCAAUGGCUGAGAAACUAGAAACUAAUUUAGAAGUACUCUUGUUAGCAGAUAGAUUCUUAUUCGAAAAACUUAAAGGGCUGCUCAGCAGUGCUAUCUUGCAAUUCCAGUUAAAUCCGGAUACUGCUGAUAAGAUAUACGUAUGGUCACUCAGUGAGGGCAUGGGAUUCUUGUGUGUAGAAUCAGUUGCUUAUUUGCUAACAGGUAAAAUGUGUGAGACGGAUCGAAUGAAAUCUUUUAGGAAUAUACUUGAUUUAGAGUAUAAAGAACAGUGGCUUGAAGAUAUUAAGUCUAUGAUACUGAGACAGUUGGUUAAGUGAUCAUUACUAUUAAUUAGAAGGGAGCUUCAGAUCUUUGAUUCCUGUUAUAGUGCUUUAGUAGCUUGAAUAUAAAUAAUAAACAAAAAUAUAACUGCCACUUAUAGCAAUACAUAUUUUAUUACGCUAGAUAUUUACAUAGGUUUAAAUUUAACAUGUUAUGGUUAUUGCAUUUAUUUAAAAUUUUAAAACAUUUAUAUAAUGAAUUACCCACCCAGUCAAUAUUUGUGAUAUCAUAAUUUUAUUAUUAAUAUAAGUAAAUAACUAACAUAAUUUCUUAAAUCGUCUUUUUGGGCACUGUAUUACAUUAUCCAAUUAAUUAUUCAUGAAUUAAAAUUGCAAGUGUAUAUCUUUUUAUAACAGUCAAUAUUACAAAUACUUUAAUGUUGUAUGUUUAGGAUUAAAUAAAAGUUAGGCUGCUUAAUGUUGAUUAAAUUUAUAUUUACUUGUA